CGUGGCAGUUCCGCCGCCGCAGAUGCAGCAGAUGCUUUCGUACCAGAUUCAACCCGGUAAUCCGGCCCUGCGGCCCUUCGCUCCGAUCCCCAACGGUUACGCUGCAGCUCCGACCAUAACUCCCGCGGGGGAUGGGUUUGUUUUGGAAGAGUGGGUUGUGUUCGGAGAGAUUGAGAAUUUGAGAGAGUUCUUAAUGGUUGGAUAAGGGGUAUCGAUGACGGGAUGUUUUCUCCUACAGUGUCUUGAUUGAAUUCAUUGAGAAAGGUUGGAGGGCUUCAUAUUGCUUAAAGACCACCUCUCUACAAACAACUCAUUUUUUGGUAUGCACAUAUUUGUCUGGUUUCUAGCUUGUCUUGUCUUUUACUGGAAUUGGAAGUGAAGCGAUGCUGACUAAAAAAAAUGAAAGAGUGAUUGUUCUUUUGUAGAUCUAAAUAAUGUAUGGUUGUGUCGUGCUCUCGUUUUAGUAGGCCACUUUCUGCUAGUUAUAAGAGUACUUUCCCUUCAAUGGCUUUAUGAAUUCCAGAAGCCGACAAUGUUUGCAACUGAAUGAAUGCACACGUUGGCCUUGUGUCAUGAGGUAUUGCAAUCUUUUCUCUCUAUCACAGUUUCAUUUAAUUUUUUAAUGCUGCAACGUAUGCUGCUGUAUAAAAAUGAACUUAUAAUUCAACUAGAAUUUCUUCUUAUUAAACCACACGUACAUAAGAUUAUGCAAGUUACUAUUUGCAAUUGGUGGAUGAGAUAGUUUGAGAAGCCUGCUAUGUUGCAAGGGGUCAGACAAAGGUAAGCACUUUUUACACAUUCGUGAAUUUCAAAACUCGAUAGCAUUUGUUAUUGUUUUCUUCAGGUUGUCAUUUCAGCUGGUGAUUGUUGGCUGUGCUGCCAUCUCUGUUGUGCUUUUGAUGUGUGGUAACAGCAUUCCAUUGUUCUUGCCACAUUUUUUUCUUCUUGCGUAUAUCUUUAGUGUUGUACUGAUUUGCUUAUGGUGUAUACAUAUUCACUCAUAAUCUGCUCUAAUAUAUUUGCAUAGAUGUUUUUCUACUCUGUACAGGAAUUCCUCGUUACCCCCCUCCUUAUGGAACUAUGGUUCGUCCUGUAUUUCCUGCACGCCCUCCUGGAGCAGUUAACAUACCUACAAUAUCACGCCCGCCUGUUGCAGGGAUCCCUGCAGUUCGCCCAAUUAUUCCGCCUGUAGUCAGACCUGUGGUAGCCCCUAGUGUUACUCCAGCUGAGAAGCCUCAAAACACAGUUUACAUUGGCAAGAUUGCACCAACUGUGGAAAAUGAGUUCAUGCUCUCUCUCCUUCAAUUAUGUGGAACUAUCAAGACCUGGAAACGUCCUCAGGAUUUAUCAACUGGAACUCCUACAAGUUUUGGGUUUUAUGAGUUUGAGUCUGCAGAAGGGGUUCUUCGUGCCUUGCGUCUCCUUACUAAACUGAAUAUUGAUGGGCAAGAAUUGAAGGUCAAUGUGAAUCAAGCUAUGAAAGAAAAUCUGGAGCGGUAUGAUAAGACAAAAACUGAGAACUUGAAGAACAAAAAAACUCAGGCAGGAGUAGGUGAAAAAAACGAAGGUGAACAACCUUCUAAUGCAAACAAGGAUGCAAAGGCUGACACAGAACCCUCAAAUAAAGAGGUUCUUGAAUCAUCAAACAAGGAAUCACAUGAUGUGGCAAACUUUGGGAUUGUCACUGAUGAAGAUAGAGAAGCUGAUCGUGAGGCUUUAGAAAAGAUUUCAAAGAUGAUAGAGGAAAGGUUGAAGAUUAGACCUUUGCCUGCACCAUCUGCUCAGCUGACUGGUGAUGGUUCUGUAAAUUUAACUUCAGAACAACCUGUUAAAGCAAGGGAUGGAGACUCUGUUGUGGAUACCGAGAAGAAUGAAUCUGCUGAAAAUAAAAAUGAGAAAGAGACAAACAAUGAUAACAAACCAACCAGUGAACAUGAAAGGACUGAAAGUCCUGAUAGAAGGCAUGAUAGAAAAAGCAGAGAGAGGGACCGAGAUAGGGAGCUAAAACGAGAAAAAGAUAGAGAACUUGAAAGAUAUGAAAGAGAAGCAGAGCGGGAACGUGUUCGGAAAGAGAGGGAACAAAGACGAAGGGUUGAGGAGACUGAGCGUCAGUAUGAAACAUAUUUGAAGGAUUGGGAGUAUAGAGAACGAGAGAAAGAGAAAGAGCGUCAGUAUGAAAAAGAGAAGGAGAAGGAAAGGGAACGUAAAAGGAGAAAGGAGAUACUUUAUGAUGAAGAGGAUGAGGAUGAGGAUUCUAGGAAGAGGUGGCGCAGAAGUGUGAUAGAGGAUAAGAGAAAGAAGAGGCUGCGUGAGAAGGAAGAUGACCUGGUCGACCGACAAAAAGAAGAGGAAGAAAUUGCUGAGACCAAAAAGAAGGCCGAGGAGGAACAGAAGCAACAAAGAGAUGCAUUAAAGCUAUUAUCUGAGCAUGUGGUAAAUGCUGGUAAGGAAAAUAUGAUUACUGAAGAGAUUACUAUUGAAGUUAAAAGCAUCGUUGCUGAACAAGAUACUGUAGCUGAUUAUCAUCAUGAAUAUCAUAUUGGUGACGGUGAUUCAAUAAAUGUCAUCAAUGAUGAAUCAAUAAUAGCAUCUGUUGCUACAACUGAUGCACAGUCAGGUGGCAAUGCUCCUACAAAGAAAUUGGGGUUUGGUCUAGUUGGUUCAGGGAAAAGAACAUCUGUCCGUUCUGUUUUCCAUGAAGAGGAUGAUAAUGAGGCCAAAAAAAUGAGGCCAUUGGUUCCAAUUGAUUACUCAACUGAAGAAUUGCAGGCAGUUCAACCUACGGUUUCUGGGCCAACGCCACCAAAUUUGGCUGCUGCUGCAGAAUUUGCAAAGCGUAUAUCCAGUACAAAUUUCAAGGAAGAGAAGCUGGAUGGUGAACGGGAUAGAAGUAGGCGUUCAAAUGAGAAGUCUAACCACCGGGACAGGAGUGAUGAUGGCACUCACAACAGAGAUGAAAACAAGGAGAGAAUUCCUGGCCGUGACAGGGAUCGAGAUCAUGGAUCGGAGAAACUCAGGACUUCUGAUAACAAGAGGCUUUUGGAUGCAAAACAAUUGAUUGAUAUGAUACCAAAGACGAAGGAGGAGUUGUUCUCAUAUGAGAUAGACUGGGCAGUAUAUGAUAAGCAUCAAUUACAUGAUAGAAUGAGACCGUGGAUUUCAAAGAAAAUCCAAGAGUUUUUGGGGGAAGAAGAAACUACAUUGAUAGAUUAUAUUGUUUCCAGUACACAAGAACAUGUGAAAGCAUCACAAAUGCUUGAGCGACUUCAGAUCAUUUUGGAUGAAGAGGCUGAAAUGUUCGUUCUGAAGAUGUGGAGGAUGCUUAUCUUUGAAAUAAAGAAGGUAGAGUCAGGGCUAGCUUUGAGGUCAAAAUCAUGAUUUUUUUAUUAUUAUUAUAUGUUCUUCCUUUCCUUUGCUGCUGGAUUGAUAUUUUAACAUUGAUCCUUGACAUGUCUUUACCCUAAAUUGUAAAAUGGCUGCAUAAUCAUAAACGGUUGAAUGUAAUUUUUCAGUAUGUAUUGCUUCAGCAUUCAAGUAGUUACCGUUUAAAACCCCGUUUUCUUCAUCCAUGAGAAUCCGGUGGCAAUUUUUGUAAGUGAAUAGUGUAGAACUUUGAUUUUUUUUUUAAAUGAUUGUUCUGAA